ACUAGGAACCUCACUAAAGUCCAAGUCUUGAUUAAGGGAAUAAUUAUAAACCUAAUGCAAGACGAAUAAAAGCAUCGCUUACCUAUAAAAAAAACUAGUAUAUAAGAGUGACUUUGUUCCAUCACCACAAACGCCAUUCCCAUAACAACUUUCUCACUAUUCCUUACAGCUCAUCACAAUGGCAUUUUUAGCUACCAUUUCUGGCCAUGAAAAUCUGCUCCUUUCUAAUACCCUAAACAAUAACUUGACUUUCAGUAGAAAGCCCCUACCUAGCCAUUCUUACAGUUUCCUUCGCAAGAAAAACCAGGCUAGCAAUGUCGCGAACUCGUUCCAAACUUUCCAAGUCAAAGAACAAGAAAUUUCAUCCAAGACAGAGAAAUUCAUCUUGCCUAAGUUUGACUUUCAAGAAUACAUGGAAAUGAAGGCAAUCAAGGUAAACAAAGCACUAAAUGAUGCAAUACCAAUGCAAGAGCCUAUAAAAGUUCAUGAAGCCAUGAGGUACUCACUUCUAGCUGGUGGAAAGCGCGUCCGGCCGAUCCUCUGCAUGGCUUCUUGUGAAGUUGUAGGAGGAGAUGAAUCCUUAGCUAUUCCUGCAGCUCUUGCAGUUGAGAUGAUUCAUACCAUGUCACUGAUCCACGACGAUCUUCCCUGCAUGGACAAUGAUGAUCUACGUCGUGGCAAGCCCACGAACCACAAGGUUUUCGGGGAAAACACAGCAGUUCUUGCAGGGGAUGCACUUUUGUCUUUGGCCUUCGAACAUGUAGCUACCAAGACUCGAAACGUAACACCCCAAAGAGUGGUUCAAGCCAUUGGGGAACUGGGUUCAGCUGUUGGCUCGGUAGGGCUCGUGGCAGGGCAGAUUGUGGACUUAGCUAGUGAGGGAAAACAAGUGAGCCUAAGUGAAUUGGAGUAUAUUCAUCAUCAUAAAACAGGGAAGCUUUUGGAGGCUGCUGUGGUUUGUGGGGCAAUAAUGGGGGGCGGAAAAGAAGUUGAUGUGGAGAGGAUGAGGAACUAUGCUAGGUGCAUUGGGUUGUUGUUUCAAGUGGUAGAUGAUAUUCUUGAUGUUACUAAGUCAUCAGAUGACUUGGGAAAGACAGCUGGUAAGGACUUAAUGACUGAUAAGGCUACAUAUCCUAAGUUGAUGGGGCUAGAAAAGGCUCGGCAACUUGCCGGUGAGCUGGUGGCUAAGGCCAUGGAUGAGCUGAGCUACUUUGAUACCGCCAAGGCGGCACCUCUUUAUCAUUUUGCUGACUAUAUUGCACAUCGCCAGAAUUGAUAGGUUGAAUAGUUCAUGAUGAAAACAAUGUGUAUAUACCUUUAAAAAACCAUCUGUGGAAGUAAAGAUAAAUGUGAUAGAACUGAACUUUGUGUCAUAUUUCUACUUAUGGGACCAGGUAAAAGAAUACGAAACAUGCCAUAUAAUAGGGAGUCCCAAGUUCCCUAAUAGGCAAGCCUGGUAACUAAGUAGGGAAAUUUUCUUUUUGUGGGGAUUUAGUGAUCGCAAAGAGCAUUGAAAGUUAUCAGAUUCAACAAUAUUUUCACAAGACAGAAGUUCAAACUCGCGAGGAGUGUGCAUGACAAAGAAAUGUCAAAUCAUAUAGUACAUGCUUUAAUCAAAAUAUAUAUGCAUUUUGCAGUGUCGUCGAAUAAAAACUUUGUACCGGAAUUUUUAUCUUCCUCCCAAUUAAAUGACAAGAUGCACUCUGCUGUUAUCAACCUCAUUGGGCUAUUUUCUGAAUAUUUUUAAUAACACUGGUGCCCGGCCAACUAGGGCACAUUUUGGCUAUUCCACUAUGUACCUAUUAGUGCAGGUGCUAGGUAACUCUAACCACCAAAAAAAACUCCACCUGAAACCCCCAAGAACUUGAACAAUCACAAGUAGACUGACAAAUCCAUCUUUUUGUGGCUACUGGACAUACAGAUUCUUAAUAUAGAUGCUACACCAAGUGGCCAACAAGUAUGUUUUGUUAAUUAACAUUCCUGACCUGAAGACAUAACAAUUGUUGCAUACACGAAAGCAUCUGGAAGUAUGCAUUAUAUAUAUGUUCAGUCAAACAAAAGGACGAGUAUGUGUCUUAAUUAAAAUAUACAUGGCAAAGAACAGUCACAGAGACGUCCAAAUGCUAGCUUAUUAUACCUUAGCGACAAAAAACCUAAUCCUCAAAAGUGUAAAAGAUGAUGAUACAGUCUGUCUAACCCAUGACUUUGGGUCGCCAACCUUCAAUGACGUCCUCUUUUAG